AUAAACCAAGGCUGGGAAAGAACAGCCACCGCAAAGACCGCAAAGACUCCUCCGCCUUCAGACUCAGCAAAACUCCCGAGCAGGAUCAAAAUGACUCUCACUUCCAUUCUCUCUGCUGGUGACAUCGCUAAUGCACUGAAAGACUGUCAAGCUCCAGACAGCUUUGCUCAAAAAAAAUUCUUCCAGACCUGUGGGCUGUGCAAGAAAACCCCAAAAGAGGUGACGGAAGUCUUCCAUAUCCUGGACAACGACCAGAGUGGCUUCAUUGAGGAAGAUGAAUUGAAGUUUUUUCUUCAGAGGUUCUCCCCUUCUGCACGAGUGCUGACUGCAGCCGAGACCAAGGCAUUCCUAAAAGCUGCAGACGAAGACGAUGAUGGCAAGAUCGGAGCUGCAGAAUUCCAGGCUAUGGUCCUUUCCUGAGCUGGAUUUAUUUUUUGGAAGACUUGGCCACCAGAGCAAGUUAUGCAACCUCUGGUGCUGAAAAGUGUGAUUGCAUAUGUUGUAUACACCAACCUUCCUCAGAAAAUGUAUUUAAAUAUAUUAAAACCACA